UAGGAAAGGAUGUCUGGAGGCGAGGCGUCCCAUUACAGAGGAAGGAGCUGCUAUAUAAGCCAGCCAAAGCUGGCUGCGCUGGCCACAGCCUGCCUACUGUCACACGCUCUCCCGGGCGCGCAGACACACACCGGCCUCUCCUCUGCACAAAGACUGUGCGGCUGGGGGUGACAGUGGGGGCAGCGCACGUGGGAGCCCCGCUGCUCACAGCCAGGUCCUUAUUCCAUGGAGCUGGUUCAUUUAAGGAUCUAGGUCUUUCCCAACUCCGGAAAGAAGAGAAUUCCUCCAAGAAGACCAGGAACAAACUGAUCUGGAUUCUCCUCUGUGCUUCCACAUCCCCACUUCUGCCUGAGAGUGAGACACCCCUAAGAUCCAAGAACACAGAAACACCCAGCCAAACCCACCUCCACCAUGGGGGCCAUGGUGAUGUUGGCGGGCAUCUUCUUAGCUUUGCUUACCCUCACUACUGAAGGGGGGGUCCUCAAGAAGGUCAUCCGGCACAAGCGACAGAGUGGGGUGAAUGUCACUCUGCCCGAGGAACACCAGCCAGUGGUGUUUAACCAUGUCUACAACAUCAAGCUGCCAGUAGGUUCCCAGUGCUCAGUGGAUCUGGAAUCCGCUAGUGGGGAGAAAGACCUGGCCCCACCACCAUCAGAGCCCAGUGAAAGCUUCCAGGAGCACACAGUAGACGGGGAAAAUCAGAUCGUCUUCACACACCGCAUCAAUAUCCCCCGGCGGGCCUGUGGCUGUGCCGCGGCUCCUGAUGUCAAGGAGCUUCUGAGCAGACUGGAGGAGCUGGAGAAUAUGGUGUCUUCCCUGCGGGAGCAGUGCACCAUGGGAGCAGGCUGCUGUCUCCAGCCUGCUGAAGGCCGCCUGGACACCAGGCCCUUCUGCAGUGGCCACGGGAACUUCAGCACGGAAGGAUGCGGCUGUGUUUGUGAAUCCGGCUGGAAAGGCCCCAACUGCUCUGAGCCUGAAUGCCCAGGCAACUGUCACCUGCGGGGCCAGUGCCUUGACGGGCAGUGCGUCUGCGACGAGGGCUUCACUGGGGAGGACUGCAGCCAGCUGGCCUGUCCCAGUGACUGCAACGACCAGGGCAAGUGCGUGAGUGGGGUCUGCGUGUGUUUUGAAGGCUACACGGGGGCCGACUGCAGCCAGGAGGUGUGCCCGGUGCCGUGCAGCGAGGAGCACGGCAGGUGCGUGGACGGCCGGUGCGUGUGCCGGGAUGGCUUUGCGGGCCACGACUGCAACGAGCCCCUGUGCCUCAACAACUGCUACGACCGCGGCAGGUGCGUGGAGAACGAGUGCGUCUGCGACGAGGGCUUCACGGGUGAGGACUGCAGCGAGCUCAUCUGCCCCAACGACUGCUUCGACCGGGGCCGCUGUGUCAACGGGACCUGCUACUGCGAGCAGGGCUUCACGGGCGAGGACUGCGGCCAGCUCAGCUGCCCGAACGCCUGCUCGGGCCGGGGCCGGUGCGAGCAGGGCCAGUGCGUGUGCGAGCCGGGCUUCGCCGGGGCCGACUGCAGCGAGAAGAGGUGUCCCGCCGACUGUCACAACCGCGGCCGCUGCGUCGACGGGCGGUGUGAGUGUGACGACGGUUUCACGGGCGCGGACUGCGGCGAGCUCAGGUGUCCCAACGGCUGUAGCGGCCACGGCCGCUGCGUCAACGGGCAGUGCGUGUGCGACGAGGGCCACACAGGGGAGGACUGCGGCCAGCUGCGGUGCCCCAACGACUGUCACAGCCGGGGCCGCUGCGUGCAGGGCAAGUGCGUGUGCGAGCAGGGCUUCCAGGGCUAUGACUGCAGCGAGAUGAGCUGCCCCAACGACUGCCACCGGCACGGCCGCUGCGUGAACGGCAUGUGCGUCUGUGAUGACGGCUACACGGGCGAAGACUGCCGCGACCUGCGGUGCCCCGGGGACUGUAGCAACCGGGGCCGCUGUGUGGACGGGCGGUGCGAGUGCGAGCACGGCUUCACGGGCCCCGACUGCGCGGAGCUCGCAUGCCCGGGCGACUGCCACGGCCAAGGCCGCUGCGUGAACGGGCAGUGCGUGUGCCGUGAAGGCUUCAUGGGCACAGCCUGCAAGGAGCGGAGGUGUCCCGGAGACUGUCACGGCCGGGGCCGCUGCGAGGACGGUCAGUGCGUCUGCCAGGAGGGCUUCGAGGGCCCGGACUGUGGGCGUCGCUCCUGCCCCAACGACUGCAGUGGCUGGGGGCAGUGCGUGGAGGGCCACUGCAUCUGCAGCGAGGGCCAUGCCGGGGAGGACUGCUCGGAGGUGUCCCCUCCCAAAGACCUCGUUGUGACAGAAGUGACAGAAGAGACCGUGAACCUGGCUUGGGACAAUGAGAUGCGGGUCACCGAGUACCUCGUCGUGUACACACCCACCCACGAGGAUGGCCUGGAAAUGCAGUUCCGCGUGCCCGGGGACCAGACAUCCGCCACCAUCCGGGAGUUGGAGCCUGGUGUGGAGUACUUUAUCCGCGUGUUCGCCAUCCUGGAAAACAAGAAGAGCAUUCCCGUCAGUGCCAGGGUGGCCACUUACUUGCCUGCACCUGAAGGCCUCAAGUUCAAGUCCAUCAAGGAGACAUCUGUGGAGGUGGAGUGGGAUCCUCUGGACAUCGCUUUUGAGACGUGGGAGAUCAUCUUCCGGAAUAUGAAUAAAGAAGAUGAGGGAGAGAUCACCAAAAGCCUGAGGAGACCAGAGACCACAUACAGGCAAACUGGCCUAGCUCCUGGGCAAGAGUAUGAGAUCUCUCUGCACAUCGUGAAAAACAAUACCCGGGGCCCAGGCCUGAAGAGGGUAACCACUACCCGCUUGGAUGCCCCGGGCCAGAUAGAGGUGAAAGAUGUCACAGACACCACUGCUCUGAUCACUUGGUUCAAGCCCCUGGCCGAAAUUGAUGGCAUCGAGCUCUCCUACGGAAUCAAAGACGUGCCCGGCGACCGCACCACCAUCGAUCUCACACAUGAUGAGAACCAGUAUUCCAUCGGGAACCUGAAGCCAGACACCGAGUAUGAGGUGUCCCUCAUCUCCCGCAGGGGCGACAUGUCCAGCAACCCUGCCAAAGAGACCUUCACGACAGGCCUGGAUGCUCCCAGGAAUCUCCGUCGCGUCUCCCAGACGGACAGCAGCAUCACCCUGGAGUGGAGGAAUGGCAAGGCAGCCAUUGACAGUUACAGAAUUAAGUAUGCGCCCAUCUCCGGAGGUGACCAUGCUGAGGUGGAAGUGCCAAGGAGCCAGCAAACCACAACCAAAACCACGCUCACAGGUCUGAGGCCGGGAACUGAAUAUGGGAUCGGAGUGUCUGCCGUGAAGGCCGACAAGGAGAGCGAUCCGGCCACCAUCAAUGCGGCCACAGACAUGGAUGCACCCAGGGACCUCCGGGUUUCUGAAACCACGGAGACCAACCUGACCCUGCUCUGGAGGAAGCCUUCGGCCAAGUUUGACCACUACCGCCUGAACUACAGCCUUCCCUCAGGGCAGCCGGUGGAGGUGCAGCUUCCGAGAGAUGCCACCUCCCACGUGCUGAGAGGCCUGGAACCCGGGCAGGAUUAUACCAUCCUCCUCACAGCCGAGAAGGGCAGGCACAAGAGCAAGCCGGCGCGAGUGAAGGCGUCCACAGACCAUGCCCCUGAACUGGGAAACCUCACGGUGACCAAGGUUGGCUGGGAUGGCCUCAGACUCAACUGGACCGCAGCUGACCGGGCCUAUGAGCACUUUGUCAUUCAGGUGCAGGAGGCCAACAGGAUGGAGGCAGCUCAGAACCUCACGGUGCCCGGCAGCCUGCGGGCUGCGGACGUCCCGGGCCUCAAGGCCAACACCCCUUAUAGAGUCACCAUCUAUGGGGUGAUCCGGGGCUAUAGAACACCAGUGCUCUCUGCUGAGGCCUCCACAGGGGAAACUCCCCAUUUGGGAGAGAUCAUGGUGUCCGAGGUGGGCUGGGAUGCCCUCAAACUCAGCUGGACUGCUCCGGAAGGAGCCUAUGAACAGUUUUUCAUUCAGGUGCAGGAGACUGAUACAGUAGAGGCAGCCCGGAACUUCACAGUCCCCGGAGGACUGAGGUCCGUGGACCUGCCUGGGCUCAAAGCAGCCACUCAUUAUAACAUCACCAUCCGUGGGGUCACGCAAGAAUUCAGCACGACUCCUCUCUCUGUUGAAGUCUUGACAGAGGAGGUUCCAGAUCUGGGAAACCUCACAGUGACCGAGGUUCGCUGGGAUGGCCUCAGCCUGGACUGGACGGCCCCCGAGGGGCUCUAUGAGCAGUUUGUCAUUGCAGUCCAGGAGGCUGACCAAGCCGAGGAAGCUCACAGUCUCACGGUUCCUGGCAGCCUACGCUCCGUGGAAGUCCCAGGCCUCCGGGCCAGUACCCCUUACACGGUCACCCUGCGUGGCAAGGUCAGGGGCCGCAGCACUCGACCUGUUGUUGUGGAGGCCAUCACAGAGGAGCUCCCCCAGCUGGCGGACAUAGCCGUGACCGAGGCUGGCUGGGAUGGCCUCAGACUCAACUGGACCACAACUGAUCAGGCCUAUGAGCACUUUGUCAUUCAGGUGCAGGAGGCCAACUGGUUGGAGACAGCUCAGAACCUCACGGUGCCCGGCAGCCUGCGGGCUGUGGACGUCCCGGGCCUCAAGGCCAACACCCCUUAUAGAGUCACCAUCUAUGGGGUGAUCCGGGGCUAUAGAACACCAGUGCUCUCUGCUGAGACCUCCACAGCUGCAGAACCUGAAAUUGGAAACUUAACUGUUUCUGACAUAACUCCUGAGAGCUUCAAUCUCUCCUGGACAGCCACCGAUGGGGCCUUCGAGACCUUUACCAUUGAAAUUGUUGAUUCCAAUAGGUUUUUGGAGAUGAUGGAAUAUAAUAUCUCUGGUGCUGAACGAACUGCCCACAUCUCAGGGCUACACCCUAAUAAUCAUUUUAUUGUCUACCUCUCGGGACUUGCUCCCAGCAUCCGGACCCAAACCAUCAGUGCCACGGCCACCACAGUGGCCGAAGCUCUCCUUAGCCACCUCACUAUCUCAAAUGUGACCUGGGCCAGUAUGGCCCUCUCGUGGAAAGCCCAAGAGGCUGCCUUUGAUAGCUUUCUUAUCGAAGUUAGGAAUUCUGACCACGGCCAGGAGACGGUAGUGCAUUCUGUACCUGCGGCGUCUCGCAGCUCAGUCAUCACCAACCUCACGGCUUCUUCUAAUUACACUGCACACCUUCAUGGGCUGAUGGGCGGGCACCGCACUCACACUCUAAUGGCCCAAGCAACCACAGAGGCCCUGCCCCUUCUGGAAAACCUAACCAUUUCCGACAUUAAUCCCUACGGGUUCACAGUUUCCUGGAUGGCAUCGGAGAAUGCCUUUGACAGCUUCCUAGUAGCGGUGGUGGAUUCUGGGAAGCUGCUGGACCCCCAGGAAUUCACACUUUCAGGAACCCAGAGGAAGUUGGAGCUCAGAGGCCUCAUAACUGGAAUUGGUUAUGAGGUCAUGGUCUCUGGCUUCACCCAAGGGCACCAAACCACGCCCUUGAGGGCUGAGAUUGUUACAGAAGCCGAGCCAGAAGUUGACCACCUUCUGGUUUCAGAUGCCACCCCAGACGGUUUCCGUCUGUCCUGGACAGCUGAUGACGGGGUCUUCGACAGUUUUGUUCUCAAAAUCAGAGAUACCAAAAAGCAGUCUGAGCCAAUGGAAAUAACCCUACUUGCCCCCGAACGAACCAGGGACAUAACUGGCCUCAGAGAGGCCACUGAGUACGAAAUUGAACUCUAUGGAAUAAGCAGUGGAAGGCGAUCCCAACCAGUCAGUGCUAUAGCAACAACAGCCAUGGGCUCUCCUAAGGAAAUCAGUUUCUCAGACAUCACUGAAAACUCAGCCACUGUCAGCUGGAUGGCGCCCUCUGCCCAGGUGGAGAGCUUCCGGAUCACCUAUGUCCCUGUUGGAGGAGGGACACCCUCAGUGGUAACUGUGGACGGAACCAAGACUCAGACCAGACUGGCGAAGCUCUUGCCUGGAGCAGAAUACCUCGUCAGCGUCAUCGCCGUGAAGGGCUUUGAGGAAAGUGAACCCGUCUCAGGAUCGUUUACCACAGCCCUGGAUGGCCCAUCUGGCCUGGUGACAGCCAACAUCACUGACUCAGAAGCCUUGGCCAUGUGGCAGCCAGCCAUUGCCCCUGUGGACAGUUACGUCAUCUCCUACACAGGGGAGAGAGUGCCAGAAAUUACACGCACGGUGUCCGGGAACACAGUGGAGUAUGCUCUGACAGACCUCGAGCCUGCCACGGAAUAUGUGCUGAGAAUCUUUGCAGAGAAAGGGCCUCAGAAGAGUUCAGUCAUCACUACCAAGUUCACAACAGACCUUGAUUCUCCAAGAGACUUGACUGCUACUGACGUUCAGUCGGAAACUGCUCUCCUCACCUGGAGACCUCCCAGGGCAUCUGUCACUGGUUACCUAUUGGUGUAUGAAUCUGUGGAUGGUACAGUCAAGGAAGUCAUUGUGGGUCCAGAAACCACCUCCUAUAGCCUGGCAGAGCUGAGCCCAUCCACCCACUACACAGCCAAGAUCCAGGCAUUGAAUGGGCCCCUGAGGAGCAAGCUGGUCCAGACCAUCUUUACCACGAUUGGACUCCUGUACCCAUUCCCCAGGGACUGCUCCCAAGCAAUGCUGAAUGGAGACACGACCUCUGGCCUCUACACCAUUUAUCUGAAUGGUGAUAAGGCCCAGGCUCUGGAAGUCUUCUGUGACAUGACCUCUGAUGGGGGUGGAUGGAUCGUGUUCCUGAGACGCAAGAAUGGACGUGAGGAUUUCUAUCGCAACUGGAAAGCCUACGCUGCUGGGUUUGGGGACCGCAGAGAAGAAUUCUGGCUUGGGCUGGACAAUCUACACAAAAUCACAGCCCAAGGGCAGUACGAGCUCCGGGUGGACCUGCGCGACCACGGGAAGACCGCCUACGCCGUCUAUGACAGGUUCAGCGUGGGAGAUGCCAAGACUCGCUACAAGCUGAAAGUGGAAGGGUACAGCGGGACCGCGGGUGACUCCAUGGCUUACCACAACGGCAGAUCCUUCUCCACCUAUGACAAGGACACGGACUCAGCCAUUACCAACUGUGCCCUGUCCUACAAGGGGGCUUUCUGGUACAAGAACUGUCACCGUGUCAACCUGAUGGGGAGAUAUGGGGACAACAACCACAGUCAGGGUGUUAACUGGUUCCACUGGAAGGGCCACGAAUAUUCAAUCCAGUUUGCUGAGAUGAAGUUGAGACCCAGCAAUUUCCGAAACCUUGAAGGCAGGCGCAAACGGGCGUAAGUUCCAGGGACAACUGGGUGAGAGAGGAGUAGGGCCCAGAGAAAGAAGCAAAUUUUACCAAAGUAUCAACACAACCAGUCCAACCAUCAAGCCACACCCGGGUAUUUGUCAGGAGUUAAAGUUGACCAUGGAUCAUCGGGGCCAAUGGCGGAAGCACCCGCCUCACCUACCCUGCGAGUAUUUCCUUCGCACCAAAGACAAUGAUCUCCACAGGUUUCUGUUUUGUUGUUUGAAUCAGCAAAAAAUUUUCCAGUGACAGCAUCACAGUGGUUGUCCUUCUCUUGGGUGGCUCUGGGAAUGGGAGAGGGGUAGGCUGUACAGUGGUAGUCGGUGUUAGAACCAGCUGUAUUUUACACAAAGCUGUAUAAUUAAUUAUCAUUAUUUUUGUCCGCAACGAUUCAGUGUGUGUCAUUGGAGUCCGUCCCCAAUUUUUUUUUACAUUUCAUACAGCAAAAACCAGAAAAGCAAUACUGUUUCGAUUUUAAGGAUAUGAUUAAUAUGAUUAAUAUAAUAAUAAUGAUGAUGAAAACUAAGGAUUUUUAAAGAGAUCUUCCUUUCCAAAACACAUCUGGACAGUACCUGAUUGUAUUUUUUUUUUUUAAUAAAAGCACAAGUACUUUUAAA